CCAAGGCAUACUCCAAGGCACUCCAAAGCAACAUGGUUGAAAAUUUUCUUUUGCUUCUAAUGCUCUUCAUUGGAACAAACAUUCUCAGCAGCUCUGGAAAUUCAUCCGAAGUUCUUUGCAUUGAAAGUGAGAGAGAUGCGCUUUUGAGAUUCAAGAAAGAGCUUGUAAAUCCUUUGAAUCGUCUCUGGUCGUGGGAUGUUGAACAAGAUUGCUGCAAAUGGGUUGGCAUCAGGUGUGACAACUCGACCGGGUAUGUCAAAGAGCUCAUACUUGCAAAUAAUGAAUUCUCGGAAGCUUACCCAUUAAAGGGAAAUGUAAGCGACUCUAUCUUGAAUUUGAAGCACUUAACUCACUUUGAUCUUAGUAACAAUGAUUUUGAAGGAGUAGGAAUUCCAAGCUUUUUAGGAUCAAUGGUGAGUUUGCGUUAUCUUGACCUCUCUCGCGCAGGAUUUAGUGGAUUGAUACCUCAUGAACUGGGAAAUCUAUCAAACUUGAAUCAUCUUGAUUUGCGAAGUACUCUCAUCCCACAGUUGUAUGCUGAAAAUCUUGGAUGGCUUCAUGGUUUGCCUUCUCUAUUGAAGCUAGAUUUGAGCUAUACAAACCUUAGUAAGGCAUCUUCCUGGUUACUAGACAUUAAUAAGCUUCCCUCGCUUCAAGAAUUACAUUUGUCGGGUUGUGAACUUGUUGAUUUUGCUCCUCUAGAUCAUCUCAAUUUCACUUCUCUCUCAGUUCUUGACAUUUCGAUGAACAACUUCAUGUCUUUCCUACCCAAAUGGAUAUCAAAUCUCAGUAGUCUUGUUUCACUUGAUCUAAGUUAUAAUCAUUUUCAAGNUAAUACGUCACAAAGAAAAGGUCAACUCGUCAAAAAGAAAAAGAAUUUUAAUAAAUUCUUAGAAAAAUAA